AUGCCAUCUUAUUUAACCGCUAUAUAUAAUGCAUCCACAUCAUCUUUACCCUCUUCACCACAGUCAUUGAUAGAAGAAUCAACAAACAAAACUAAAACAUACUCGCAAAAGAAAUACAACGAUAUCAUCAUUACAAAUAAUGAACCUCGAGUGCGAGGACGUCGGGUAUCAAAGGUACCUAUUCAAGAUGCUCGUACUUUUUGUUGUAAAACAGAGGGUUGUGGUAAGGUUUUUAAAAGAUCAGAGCAUUUAAAGAGACAUAUUCGAUCUAUUCAUACAUUAGAGAAACCUUUCAAAUGUCCUUAUCAAAAUUGUAAUAAACGCUUUUCAAGAUCUGAUAAUUUGAAUCAACACAUACGCAUUCAUAGGCAUUGUAGCAAUAGACAAACAAUGCAGCAGAAAGGUGAUUACAGAGGAAACAGUAGUCAUGAUGUGAUAACAGGCACAUCUUCUUCUUCUUCUUCUUCAUCAUCUUCUUCUACUACCACUACAAUGACCUCUACGUCUACUAGUCAUCAACUUUAUUCUUUUUAA